AUGGAUAUUUUUGGAGGCACUCCUCGUGUUUUGGGCUACCCACGACCUGUAGUGGCAAAGUGUGGCACGGAUGCCACACUGAGGUGCCAGAUUGACGGGGAUCCUCAUCCUGAUGUGAUCUGGGAGCGUAAAAAUGUCCAGAUUUUUUCUGAGGGACGCUACAAAAUCUCAGAGGAGGGAAAAGCUCACAUGCUGGUUAUUACUAGGGUGACCCAACAGGAUGCUGGCCAGUACAUCUGCAAGGCUCGAAACAGCAUAGGUGAAACGUAUGCAGCAGCCACCCUCAAAGUGGAAGGAGAGGUGCAACCACAGGAAGAGGGACAAAGGCAAUUAGAUGUUAAUGAUGUGAAGCAAUCAGUAAAAGAAAAUGGAGAAUGUGAAGGACACCUGAAUGGUUACUGCACAGUGCAAAAUGACUACAGGAAAGAAAAUGCAGAGGAGAUGAAUGCAGAGAAGUGGAACAGUAAGUUUAAUGAAAAACAAGAGGAGGUUCAUUUAACAUCUGACGAUAAACCUCAAUUUCUUAUUAAGCCCCUCUCUCUGCGUGUGGACCGGGGUGAAGAUGCUACCUUCUCCUGCAAAAUCUGGGGCACUCCUCUGCCACAGGUGACAUGGGAGAAGGAUGGAAAAAAGCUGAAUGACAUCUUUGAAAGUUCACACUUCAGCACGAGCAUUCAAGAUGGUGGCUGGUUCCAGCUGAAAAUCUACAGGACACGCAUGCCAGACAAGGGGGUCUACACCUGCAAGGCCAUCAACUGCUACGGUGAGGCUCUGGCCGGCGCCAUCCUUCUUAUUGAGCCCACACCAGAGCAGGAAGCAAAAAUAAUGUCUCCAAAUGGUCUUGCUAACAGACAGUGGUCACCAAAGCACAGAGGCGGGAGGCUCCGUUUGCCAAUAGUCACAGAAGAGCCACCUGUCAACGUGUCUAAAGUCAAGAAGUUUGGAGUGACAGAGGGGAAACAUGCCAAGUUUCGUUGCUUUGUGACAGGAAAGCCAAAACCAGAGAUAAUCUGGAAGAAAGACGGGAUUCCCCUGGAUCCUGGGAGGCGUCAUCUCAUAUUUGAGGACAGAGAGGGCUACUACACACUGAAAGUUCUGUACUGUAAAGUGCAGGAUACAGGGCUAUAUGUGUGUGCAGCAUCAAACACUCUUGGAAACACCCUGAGCGCCGUUCACCUGUCUGUCAAAGGCCCGGCUGUGCAGUUCAGGAGACCAUUAAAAGACAUAGAGGUGAAGGAGUGGGAUGUAGCCGUGCUGGAGUGUGAUGUCCCUGACGAGUCCGUCCCAGCUGCCUGGUACCUGGAGGACCAGAGGCUGAUGCCCAGCAGUAAAUAUGGGAUGGAGCAAAAGGGAACCAGACGAAGACUCACCAUCCAGGAUGUUGGGAUAGAUGAUGAUGGAGUGUAUCUCUGUGAGAUGCCUGAUGGAGCAAAGAGCAUUGCAGAACUCUCGGUUAAAGGUGAAAUUGUUCGAAAACUUCCGCGGAAGCUGGAGGUCCUGGAGGGUGAGAAUGCAGCAUUCUGUGUGGAAGUGGAGCACGACGACAUAGAUGUCCACUGGUUCAAAGAUGGUCUUGAGUUACAUGAGACGCACCACACAAUCCUCAAGUCUUUUGGCAAAACUCAUAUUUUGGUCUUCGUCAACGUGGCCCAUCAAGACUCGGGGGUAGUGACAUUUGUCGCAGGAAGAUCCAAGACAUCAUCACGCCUCAAAGUCAAAGCCACAAGACACUGCCCCCCUAUCUGCCCUGUGGGAGUUGAAAUGGACGUAGACCGUCCCAACAGUAUCCUCCUUACCUGGAUUCCUGCCCCCAACAGCCAGACCUCCACGCGUUCAAUCUUUGUGCUGGAGAGACAACAAGUGGGCUCCCAGGAGUGGCAGAAGUGUUUCACCUCCGAGACCGCCACCUCAGCUGAGGUUACUGGUGACAGCGUGCCCUGUGAAGGCGACUAUCGCUUCCGUGUCUGUUGCAUAAACAAGUAUGGAAGAAGUGGCCAUGUGGAGUUUCCCAAAGCCGUCCACCUGGUGCCUGGGCCAAAGAUCUGCCACCGCCUCCAAGACUGUGAAGUUAUGGAGGGAGAAGAUGCUUGCUUCUCCAUUGAACUGUCUGCCACAAUGGUUGGAACCUGGUUUCUGAAUAGCACUCAACUGCAGCACAGUGGACGAUAUUCAAUAGAACAGACACAAACAAGGCACUCGCUGAUUAUUCAUGAAACCUGUAGGACAGAGGACACAGCAGAAGUCACGUUCAUAGCCAAUGGAGUUCGGGAUUCAGCUGUGCUCAAGGUUCAACCUACUUUGGUCAAAUUUAAUCCUAUGUCAGAGACAGACCGAUAUAAGAAGGUCCACACUGGUGACGUCAUUGUGCUCUACUGUGAAGUCUCUCACCUUUUUGCAAAAGUAUCCUGGUUCAAAGAUGGCAAGGAGCUCCAAGUGACUGAGGGCAUCAACAUCCAAUCAGAGGGGAACAUGAGGAGAAUUGUCAUCCAAUCCGCUGAUGCAUCCCACUCUGGAGUUUAUACAUGUGAAACUUCAGGGGAUGUCACGAAAUUCACCGUGGAUGUUGCAGGUCCUCCUGUAGACUUCAGUCCAGUCCCAGAAGAGGAGCUCCAUAAGAGAAGCAUGGAGCUGGAUCCUGUGGUGCUGGUCUGCCAUGUCUCCAGAGAUGAUGCCGAAGUUGUGUGGUACAAGGAUGGCUGUGAGAUCCAGCCCAAUAACAACAUCACUUUGCAGGCAGAGGGAACCAUGAGGAGGUUAAUCAUCCGCUCUGCAGAAACCUCAGAUGCUGGGAAUUACACAUGCCAGGCAGGAAACAACAGCAUGGAGUUCACUGUCAGUGUAAAAGAGUCUCCAGUGAUGAUUGUGGAACCCAAGGAUGAUAUUGUUAUGGAAAGAUACAUCUCAGAAGAAAUCCACUUGCAGUGUGAAUUGUCCCGCUCCAGUGGAAAGGUGCUGUGGUUCAAGGACGGCGAGGAGGUGGAGGAGAGUGACAACAUCCAGCUGACGUCUGAGGGUCCUUACAGGAAGCUGACCAUACUCUGUGGAUCAAUCGAGAAUAGUGGAGAGUAUGUCUGUGAAACAGACGGAGACUCUAUUUUCUUCCAGCUCACCAUCAAAGAUCCACCAGUCCGAAUUAUUUCCCCUACUGAAUCAGAGCUGAAAAUUACCCAGUUGGCAUCAGAGAGGCUGGAGCUCAGCUGUGAGAUCUCCCAGUCAGAUGCCCCUGUUUGCUGGUACAGAGAUGGCCUAAAGGUAGAGGAGGGCCCUAACUUGAUCCUGGAGGUGGAUGGGGCCCAGCGCCGGCUAGUUAUCCCCAUGACCACUGAGGACAACACCGGGGGUUAUGUUUGCGACACUGAAGACGACUCUGUCACCUUCUUGGUGACUAUUACUGAGCCGCCAGUGACACUCAAUCGUUCCAAAAGCACACCUGCCAAACUAGAGAUCUUUACUGACAAACCAAUCGUGCUGGAGACUGAGGUGUCCCGGCCAAAUGCAGAAGUGAAAUGGUGGCUAAAUUCCAGAGAAAUGGUGGAGAGCAGAAACAUUACCAUCAGAAAAGACGGGCUUAUCCGUCGUCUGACCAUCCACUCUCCUACUCCAGCAGAUUCAGGGAAAUACACCUGUGAUGCUAUUGAUGAUAAAAUUGAUUUCCAGGUCAAAGUUUCAGAGCCUCCAGUGACAAUAUUAAGAAAGUCAGAGAUCAAGACAAAUCCAAAGUGCCUGAUUUCUGAUGACCUUGUGCUGGAGUGUGAACUCUCCAGAGCCAGUGCGGUCACCAGUUGGUAUAAGGAUGGUUAUCGUGUUGAUGGCAAUGAAAGGUUCUGCAAAGAGGAGGAGGGCACUUUCCGCUCACUGGUCAUCCUCAGUGCUGAACUUGGAGACUCAGGAGAGUACUUCCUGGAUGCUGGAGAUGACAAUAUCAGCUUCCAGGUUACGGUAGAAGAGCCUCCAGUGACCAUUGUAGGAAACUCACCUGACCCUGAAUACCAGGAGAUGGUGGCAGGUGAUGACCUGAUCCUGGCCUGUGAUGUGUCCCGUGCCAGUGCCCCUGUCCAGUGGUACUGCAAUGACAGGCUGCUCACCAAUGACUGCCGUACCAACAUUGAGAGCUACGGCACUCUGAGGAAAAUUAUCAUCUCAAAUGUCCAGCCCUCAGAUUCAGGGAAAUAUGUAUGUGACGCUGUGGGUGACAAGAUGAUCAGUGUUGUCCGGAUUCAAGUGCCUCGAGUGGUGGAGUUCCUCACUGAGCUCCACAACACUACUGUGCUGGAAGGAGAAGAUGCCACCUUCAAGUGUGUGGUUUCACCUGAGGAUGUUCAUUUGGUCUGGCUCAUGGACAGUGAGGUUAUCACCCUGGGUGACCGUUUCCAGGCAACCCAGAAUGGCCUGUGCCACACGCUGGUGAUUAACAAGUGCCAGAUGUUGGAUUGUUCAAAGAUUACAGCAGAGGCCGAGGGUAAAAUAAGCAAAGCCAGCCUCAAAGUUCAAGAGGCUCAGGUCAUGUUUACCAAGAAAAUGGAAGCUGUCAUAGCAGAGGAGUUUGGCGAUGCCACUUUGGAAACAGAGAUCAGCCUGGAGACAGGCGAAGUCCAGUGGAUGAGGCAAGGGGUGGUCAUCCAGCCUGGUCCCCGACACACACUGGCCCAGGACGGCUGUAAACGCAGCCUGACCAUCCACAGCCUGACUCUGUCAGACCGGGGAACCUACCGCUGUGAGACUCUGCAUGACCGGGCGCAGGUCAAACUCAAUGUAGAACCCCGUAAAAUCUCCAUCCGCAAAGGCCUGACUGACCAAGAAACCUUUGAACGAGAGACCACCUCCUUCGAGGUGGAGCUGUCUCACACAGAUGUGGAGGGAAUUUGGCAGAAAGGCGGCAUCAGGAUGAAACCCAACAACCAAUGGCGGAUGAGCACCAAUGGGCGAAUCCAUAGCCUCACCCUGUCCAACCUCACCCUGGAGGACACAGGCACCAUUGUCUUCUCAGCUGAAGGGCUGCGCACCACUGCCAGACUCACAGUCAAAGAGACACCAGUUUCAAUCCUGAGACCGCUGGCUGACGCCCAUGUGGAGGAGGGUCUUCCUGCCACUCUGGAGUGUGAAUUCUCCAGACACAACAUUGAAGUCAGAUGGCUUAAGAAUGGCACAGAGCUGAAGCCAGGGAAGAACUGUCGGGUCUACUCCAUGGGUCGGAAGCGGUUCUGUCAGAUCCUGCAGUGUUCCCUUGCUGACUCUGGCACUUACACAUGUGACACAAGGGAAAUCAGCACUUCCUGUUCACUGGAGGUUUAUGAGCACAAGCUGGAGAUAGUGCAGGAUCUGGAGGAUCUUUACAUCCAGGAGGACCAGAAUGCCGUUUUCAUGUGUGAGGUUUCUCGCGAUGAUGUGACUGGGGAGUGGUACAAAGAUGGUCACAAGAUCCGGCCCACAAGCACCAUCAAGAUCCGCACUGAAGGGACCAAACACUUCCUGCUGGUGUGUAAUGUUAAAGCUGAAGAUGCUGGAGAGGUACGCUUUGUAGCCAGAGAUAUUGAAUCUACAGCUUACCUUGAGGUAGAAGAACUUCCUGUUUCGAUUGUGAAACCCUUGCGAGACCGAACAGCCCUGGAGAAACACCGUGUGAUCCUGGAGUGCACCGUUUCCUCUCCUCAUUACAGUGCCACCUGGUACAAGGGCAGAGAGGAGCUGGUUUCUUCAGAACGAGUGGAGAUUUUGGCUGAUGGCUGCUCUCAUAAACUGGUGAUCCAGCAGGUGGCUGUGGAGGACGAAGGCACCUACAGUAUCGAGGUGGGGGAGCACACGUCCCAAGCCAAACUGAUGGUGGAAACCCAGGCCCUUGUGAUGGUCAGAGAGCUAGAAGACAUGGAGGUGAUGGAGCCAGAGUCAGCAUCGUUCCAGUGUGAGCUGUCUGUUGCCAUAAACAAGCCUCCUGUUUGGACUUUGAAUGGAGAGACUCUUGUUCCAGGCCCCUGCGUCCACCUGGAAACCCACGGGCCAGUCCACAAACUCACCCUGAAAAACACCAGCGUGGACAUGAGUGGGACAGUCAAGUUUACCAUGGGCAAGGCCAAGAGCAGCGCCACACUCAGUGUUACAGCAGAGUAGAAGAACAAG